UUUUUUCCUCUCUUUCCUUCCCUCCCUCCCUCCUUUCUGAGGAAACACUUUAUUUUCUCUUCCCUGUUAGCUGAUCAAGUCUGCAGGCAUGGGUCCCAAUGUGGUCUGGUUUGCCUCUCAAGCUGGGAGUCAUAGCUGGCACACAGUGGCUGGCACAGCAAAGGUAUCAUGGAAGGAAGAAUCAUGCAGCCACCCCAUGGCAUCCUCUGGCUCAUCCCUAAACAUGUGUUGAGUCCUACUCAUGCUAGGCCCCUUGUGAGCUCUAGGGCAGCCCCCAGGCAGGUUUUGAAGGCUGUUCUCUGGCCCAGAACUGGGGGAAGAGGUUCCUGUAUGGUAGGUGCCAGGGCUGUGACAGGUGACCAGUCUUCCAGAGUCCCCUCGUUACCCCUCCCUCUCCUCUCCCCUUGCAGUAACUGGGGGGUUGGCAUGAGGAAGAGGGCCUAGAGGAGGGGCACAGUCCUGUUCAAGCUCUGCCAGGCAGCCAGAGACCCCCUGGGGCACCCGUUGUAAGCAGUAGACAAAAAGCCUGGGACAAAAGGCCUGUGGGAGCCUUGGUGAAUAGAUUAAUGAGAUUUCCAUAAGGGAGGCCAACAAUGGGAUUCUCCCUUCCAGCCUCUUUGUUCCAGGCUGAGAUAAUGGAGCUCAGAGGAGGCUUGCCCAGAGGCAUGGCCCCUUCUCCACACCAGCCUGGAGCUGACUCACAGCUGCCCCUCCUUGCCUACCCUGCCCCCAGCCCAGUUUGGUCCAAUCCCUUCCCACCCCCAUGGGUGACGGAAUCCAGAAUCAGAGAAUUUCUGGAAGAUCCCGAAGGAAUCUUAGGGGUCUCCUUCGGGGGUUGGAGGAGGGUGUUGAUGCUGUGGGGUUGGGGUUUCCUCCUACCUCACCCUGUACAAAAUUUAUUUCAGUGUUUCUAAUGAGAAAGGAAGAUUAGAGGUCUACCGAUCUAAACCAAUGGUCUCAAUGGACAGAUGAAGAAAGUGGAGCUUAGUGAGGUUAAGUGUCUUGGCCAUAAUCAGAGAGUGACAGCUCAGGGUGUUUGCUGCCCCAGGAAGCCAGGGUGGGCUGGGGGGAUACCUACUGCCUGCAUCGGGCCCUGUGCAUGGAGAGCUUGCGGUCCUCAGGGAUGGGAGAGGCACCCACAGGACCCGUGGGCAGCAGGACCAGAGGGAAGAUCGGUGCCUGAGUGUUCUGGCCGGCUGUGAAGGCUGAAUCAUCUCUCAUGAACCUUCUCUGUUGAAGAUGCACUGGACACCGGAACACGCCCAGCCCCUCAACCAGUGGCCAGAGCAGCACCUGGAUGUCUCCUCCACCACCCCGUCGCCGGCCCACAAGUUGGAGUUGCCCCCUGGGGGUCGCCAACGCUGCCACUACGCUUGGGCACACGACGACAUCUCCGCCCUCACUGCCUCCAACCUCCUAAAGCGCUAUGCAGAGAAAUACUCUGGGGUCUUGGACUCACCCUACGAGCGUCCGGCCCUGGGCGGGUACAGCGACGCCUCAUUCCUCAACGGCGCCAAAGGGGACCCCGAGCCCUGGCCAGGGCCGGAGCCACCCUACCCUUUGGCCUCACUCCACGAGGGCCUCCCAGGAACCAAGUCGGGCGGUGGGGGCAGUUCCGGGGCCCUAGGCGGCUCCCCAGUUUUAGCCGGGAACCUCCCUGAACCCCUCUACGCCGGCAAUGCGUGCGGGGGCCCGUCGGCGGCGCCCGAGUACGCGGCGGGCUACGGCGGGGGGUACCUGGCGCCGGGUUACUGCGCGCAGACGGGUGCUGCGCUGCCCCCGCCGCCCCCGGCCGCGCUUCUGCAGCCCCCGCCGCCGCCCGGGUACGGGCCCUCAGCGCCGCUGUACAACUAUCCCGCAGGGGGCUACGCGGCGCAACCCGGCUACGGCGCGCUCCCACCGCCCCCAGGCCCACCCCCGGCCCCCUACCUGACCCCGGGCUUGCCCGCGCCCACGCCCCUGCCAGCGCCGGCGCCGCCCACAGCCUAUGGCUUCCCCACGGCCGCGCCGGGUGCCGAGUCCGGGCUGUCGCUGAAGCGCAAGGCCGCCGACGAGGGGCCCGAGGGCCGCUACCGCAAGUACGCGUACGAGCCCAAGGCCCCCGCGGCUGACGGGGCCUCCUACCCCGCCGCCGACAACGGCGAGUGUCGGGGCAACGGGUUCCCUGCCAAGCCGCCGGGAGCCGCGGUGGAGGCGUCAGGCAAGUACGGUGCCGGCGUCCCCCUCAAGGUCCUGGGCUCCCCCGUCUACGGCCCGCAACUGGAGCCCUUUGAAAAGUUCCCGGAGCGGACCCCGGCUCCUCGUAGGGGGUUCGCCGUGCCGUCGGGGGAGCCUCCCAAAGGCGUGGACCCCGGGGCCCUGGAGCUGGUGACGAGCAAGAUGGUGGACUGCGGGCCCCCGGUACAGUGGGCGGAUGUGGCGGGCCAGGGUGCGCUCAAGGCGGCGCUGGAGGAGGAGUUGGUGUGGCCCCUACUCAGGCCACCCGCCUAUCCCGGCAGCCUGCGCCCGCCGCGGACCGUCCUGCUCUUCGGGCCGAGGGGCUCGGGCAAAGCGCUGCUGGGCCGCUGCCUCGCCACGCAGCUGGGUGCUACGCUGUUGCGCCUGCGCGGCGCGACCCUAGCUGCGCCCGGCGCCGCCGAGGGCGCGCGCCUCCUCCAGGCUGCUUUCGCGGCCGCGCGCUGCCGCCCACCCUCCGUACUCCUCAUCAGCGAGCUGGAUGCGCUGCUUCCCUCCCGGGACGACAGCGCGGCGGCAGGGGGCGCGCUGCAGGUGCCGCUCCUAGCUUGCCUGGACGGGGGCUGCGGCGCGGGGGCUGACGGCGUGCUGGUUGUGGGCACCACCUCGCGGCCCGCGGCUCUAGACGAGGCGACCCGCCGGCGCUUCUCUCUCCGCUUCUACGUGGCGCUGCCAGACAGUCCGGCCCGCGGGCAGAUCCUGCAGCGGGCGCUGGCCCAGCAGGGCUGCGCGCUCAGUGAGCGGGAACUAGCGGCGCUGGUGCAGGGCACGCAGGGCUUCUCUGGGGGCGAGCUAGGGCAGCUGUGCCAGCAGGCGGCGGCCGGGGCGGGCCUCCCGGGGCUGCAGCGCCCCCUCUCCUACAAGGACUUGGAGGCAGCGCUGUCCAAAAUGGGCCCUAGGGCCUCCGCCAAGGAACUGGACUCGUUCGUGGAGUGGGACAAAAUGUACGGCUCCGGACACUGACGGCGCGCGGUGGAGGCCGCGGGAGCCGCCGUCCCUCCGUCCCCGCCGCCUCCGCGUGGGAGGGAUGUCGCUGACUAAAUCCGGCUGGCAGGGGCCAGAGUGGUGAAUGUGGGAUGGAGGUCAGGAGGGGGUCUGCUGGUGGAUUUUUUUUUUUUUUCGUGGUAAGGAAAAUGCUUCUGCCAGGCAGAUAGAUGCCAUAUGCGCCGUGUACUCAGGUUUUUCCUAUUUAUUGUGGACUGGAAGCUCGCCAUCUCCGCCCGGCGGACCGGGCAGAUCCGGCAUGGGCUGGCACCCGGGGCCUUAGGAACUCCUGCUCUCUUGCCACAACGCUUUUGUCUCCUCGCUAUCUGAAUGGCACCCUCCUUCUCCCUCACUAUCUCCAUCCCAUUCUCUGCAUUCUCUUGGUUUUCUCUCCCUUUUGCUUUGUCGCUGACAGCCCUCCCCCCAAUGCUGGCCCUGUUUCUCUCCUGCCCCUCCCUCCCCAGCUCUCCCUCCCUCACCCUCUGCGCUUCUGUCUCCAUCCCUGGCUUUCCAGCGUCCCUCGCCUUUUGGUCCCUGAGCUUUAAUGCCUCUCCAUGCCUUCUGUUCUUACUUGGACUGCAGUGGCUCUUUGCAGGAGCUCUGGAGGCCCAUGGGCUGAGGAGGAGGGGAGGAGGGUUACCCCUGUACCCAUCUGAAACCUAGGGUCUAGGGGGAUCAAGGAAAAAAAC